UAACAAAUGAUAAAAUUAAACAUAAAUUGUUUAAUGAAUAUUGUUCUUCAUCGAAUCCAUCUCAGGAAUUCAUCACUAUUACAAUAAAACACUAUAAAAAGAUACAAAGACUGAUUCACUAGACUGGUAAAUACCACCCAACACAUCAUCCAUAUCAAUAAUGCCAUGUGUACAAAACACCUCAAGGGAAUUUCUACUCGAAGAGAUAGUCAUGUUGAAUUUUCGCGCAUAUAUCAUUCCAAUUCUGAUUGUCUUCGGUAUUAUAGGAAAUAGUUUUGUUAUCAAUACCUUUUAUUCAAUGCAAAAGUUACAACCAUCGCGUUUCAACAUCUAUGUGAUAUGGAUUACAGCAUUUCAGAUUAUCGAUUUAAUUAUGAAUACACUGUUGGAUGAUUUUCUCGGACGUGGUUUAACCUGGGCAAGUGAUUGUACAAUAUUUAUCAAACUUGACACACUGUCUUCAUUCACCUGUAAAAUAAUGAAUUAUGUACCCAAGACAGCGGGAUUAAUCUCUGGAGCCUUGCUGGUGAUAUUCAGCAUAGAUCGUCUGCUAACAAUAUACAAACCGAUCAAAUUUCGUGGUGAUAUGUGCUUGCUAUUGCCACGUUUGUCAAUUAUCUUUGUCAUUGGCAUAUGUAUGCUGCUAUUUCUACCUCAGCUGAUAUAUUCCGAUUUAACGUAUAAUGAUGGUACUUCAUCGAUUGCUAAUCAUACAUGCCAGUAUGUGAAUUCUUCACAUUUCGGUGUUCAAUACAGUCUGUAUUUAUCCAUUGUAGGUGGACAUAUUUUCCCGACUAGUUGUAUAGCUAUUAUCAACUGUUUAAUUGUCCUGCGUCUACGUACACUAGCUAAAACUAGACAGUCAUUGCAUUGUAGCGGUAGUCAAAAUCUUCACGGCAGAAAUACUGCCUACUCGAAUGGUAAUCAGCGUAGAGGUAGUUCAACAACAAUGACAAUCAAUAAAAUUGUUGACAGUACGCCGAGUAAUAGUGUCAAUACAAUAAUUGCUAUUACAAAUACUAAUACUGCAUUAAAUUAUAUGAAUAGUUCAACACCACGCCAGUCUGUGAGUAGUACACGAAAUCUACAAGGCUAUUAUCAAAAUCCACAAAAUGAAGUUAGACGUAUCAUUGGUCACCUGCUAGUUACAUAUGUCUUCUUAUUUUUCUCUGUACCACUUGUUGUUGUCAUAAUUCUACGCCAGAAAUCAGAUUUUGAAAAUUAUGCCGCAAUCUAUCCAUUGUAUGCUAAACGUUUAGUGCAUUUAUCAAAGUUGUUUAGUUCAUUCGACGCGAUUAUUUAUUCAUGUCAUUUUCCAAUAUUUUUAAUCUAUUUACCAAAUUUUCGGUAUAUGUUCUAUCUAUCUAUAUAUUCAUUACCAUUGUUGAAGAAUACACAGUUCAGUAUAAAACGUAUUGAACAGAUUGAAAUGAAUCUAUCGAAUCGGUUAAGAAGUCGAGUGAGACAAUCAAUUAAUCUUGAUGCAAAAGCUAUGGAGAAUAUGCUAUUGAAAAGAGCCUAUAAUAGCUCUAUUGAUAAUACGGCGCUCAACAAAGAUAGCAGAAAGCUCUCCCUAUUCUGCCAAUUAUGAUAAUACUUCAAAUGAUGAAGGAUCGAAAAGUAUCGACCAAAUUAAUUAGAAGCAAAAUGAAAACAAAUCCUUUUUUUACAGUUUCACACUACUCACUACAUUACAAUGGACUAAAGCAACCUAAUCAGUUGGCGACAUUUUUAAUUUAUGCAACUUACCGUUAGCGCAUUAAAAAAUGUGAUCCUAUUUCAUUCUCCUUUUCUGUUUUUUCUGUUUUAUAUUCUAAAGAGAUUUACGCAUUGAAAAAUUGUCUCGUUUUGGUCUUCAACUGAUCAUUUAAAGCUAAUGUAUUUUAUAUUACUACUACGGUGUACUAU